CACAGAGAAUGGACAGAAACCCUAAAACACGCUCUUCUCUUCUUCUUUUCUCUUUCUGCAUCUUGUCAUCGCUUGCUCAUAUCCAUGGAAGGAAGCAAGGAGAAUUUCUUACUUCUCUAUACAAGGUGAAGUCCAAGAAGUCUUGGAUCGACACCAGCCUUUUUCAGGCAAGCGUUCACCAUGAAAUUCUCAAUUCCAGAAUUUAUCUUCAAGAAGGACUGAAGGAAAAAGAUAGGAUCAUCAGGUUGCCGGGACAACCGCCAGUUGAAUUCGAUCAUUAUGGCGGUUAUGUCACCAUCGAUGAAUUGCCCGGUCGAGCGUUUUAUUAUUAUUUUGCCGAAGCCGGGCGAAAUAAGGAAUCGAUGCCACUUCUUCUAUGGCUUAAUGGAGGUCCCGGUUGCUCAUCCCUCGCCUAUGGAGCAAUGCAGGAACACGGACCGUUCCGAGUCCAUAGUGAUGGAAAGACUCUCUACAGAAAUAAAUUUGCAUGGAACAUUGCCGCGAACAUGUUGUUCCUAGAGUCUCCGGCUGGUGUCGGUUUUUCUUAUUCCAACUCAACGUCGGACUAUCGCAAGAACGGAGACAGCAAAACAGCCGCGGACAAUCUUGUGUUCUUGCUAAAUUGGCUGGAGAGGUUUCCGGAGUACAAGAACCGGGAUUUCUACAUUGCAGGCGAGAGCUACGCAGGGCAUUACGUGCCUCAGCUCGCUCACAACGUCCUAAACUAUAACAAUAAGGCAAACAAGACCCUUAUCAACCUCAAAGGGAUUAUGAUUGGAAACGCAGUAAUCAACGAUGAGACGGACAACAGAGGGAUGUAUGAGUACCUCGCUACGCAUGCAUUGAUAUCUGAUGAAACAUGGAACGCAAUUCAAAAGUAUUGCGACUUUUCACCAAAAGUCACCGAUGAAGUAAGCCAAUGCAAUUCGGCUACGUCGGAUGCGGACAGUAAUGUUUCUCGAAUUGACAUCUACCACAUCUACGCCCCUCUGUGCUUCUCUUCCAACCUGACUUCUCACCCCAAGAAGGCCAACAUUAUGAACUUCGACCCGUGCAGCGAGAAGUACGUGCAUGCGUACAUGAACAGAGAAGAUGUGCAAGAAGCGCUUCAUGCCAACUUGACGAAGCUCGAUCACGACUGGGAACCGUGCAGCGAUGAUGUUAUCGAGCACUGGGGAGAUAGUCCUUUCACCAUCAUCCCUCUCCUCCAAGAAUUCAUGUCCAAUGGACUUCGCGUAUGGGUGUUCAGUGGGGAUAUGGAUGGGAUAGUGCCGGUGACAUCGACCCAAAGGUCCCUUAGCAAGAUGAACCUCCCAACCAAGAGUCCAUGGCGUCCUUGGUUCAGCGGGGGUGAGGUCGGAGGGUACGUGCAAAUGUACAAGGGAGACUUGACGUUUGCGACGGUUCGAGGAGCGGGGCAUCAAGUUCCGAGCUAUCAGCCCAAGAGAGCUCUCUCUCUUAUCUCUCACUUCCUUGCUGGCUCUCUACUCCCAGCCAAAUAGGCACUUCAAGUGCUUGAAGAUGAUGGAUUGAUCCUUGAGGAUUCACUUUUCUCUCUAUUUUCUUUUUCUUUCUUUGGUAAUUCAUAGGG